AUGCAAUCAAGAAAUACCAUUCAUGUAGCUGGGGCCGACGGUGAACUCGGUGCUUCAAUUGCCAGAGGACUCUUGGAAAUGAAAAAUCUUCAUCCAAAUCUUUAUAACAUUUCGAUACAUGCUGGGAUACACCACAAGACGAUAAAAACAUCAAACAUGUUGACGGAGAGGAAUGAUGUGUCGAUUGUAGAAGUUGAUCCCAUAAAUCAAUCAGAAUUGGUCGUGGAUUCUUUAAAAAAGGCGUCGAAAUUACUCCUACUGGUAGAUCCUUUAAGUGGUGAAGUAACAAGAAAGGAUGCGCUUGCUUUUGCAAAGGGGUAUAUAAAUGCAGCAAAGGAAGCUGGCGUUGAACAUAUCGUUUUCCCUACGCCCUUUGCAAAACUUAUUGUCCCAUGUUCACCACCAUUGACGCCAACCGAUGAAACUGACAAGAACGGAGACAUGGAAUGUAUCAGCCCCUAUCGAGAUCAAUUUGAAUCCAUUGAAUUACUACUUCGAGAAAACUUUCAGCCAUCACAGGUCACCAUUCUUAGAUAUCCUGGAGUGUUGAAUCAACAUUUUCUCUACUUCGCACGUUACAUCUCUGAGGAAUCCAAAAUACCACUGAUCGACAACCCUCAUGUAAUCUUCGAAUGCUGCGAUGUUAGUGAUGUGGUGCGAGCGAUAUGUCACAUCCUUUACAGUCCGGUACAAAGACACGGUGGCAAGGAAUACAAGAUAACGGGUCCACAUCUGCUGACAAAUAACGAAAUUUCGGCCAAGGCUUCGUUGGCUCUCGGCCGUGAAAUACGUACCGACUUUUUACCAAUUAAACAAUUACGACAAGCUUUCCUGGACGUAACACACGAUAAGGAAGAAGUUGCUUAUCUGUUGGAUCUAUGGGGGCUACAGGGUCAAAUUGGUGCUGCGCGAAAAGUGCAAGUGACACGAGAUCUGGAGAUGAUCACCGGUGGUACUGGAAUGGGUUUGAGAAAGUUUUUCGAAAAAAAUCGUUCUACCUUCAGCACUGACAUUUGA